AUGAAUGAUUUAGAUUUGGAGGAAGGUGUGCAUGACAGCACAUUGGAAUUCAUUACUGUUAAGGAGAAUAUUGAAGAUAUCAGUGUUGAGAAUUAUCAGGGAAUAAAAGAAAUUAUUGGAAUGACAGAUAAUUCAACAUCGGAGCAUGAAGAUCCAUUAAAAGUGUUUCCGUCAGCAGUUAAAGAUUGCGAGGACAAAAGCUCAUCAGAUGGUGAGCAUAAGGAGGGUCACGAGAAGAUACCACAUAAAAUAGCAGAAGCAAUUGGGAAUGGUUUAAUUUGUGAAGUGUGUAGUAAGAAAUGCCUAUGUAAGAGCCAGCUUUUAUAUCAUAUGAGAGUACAUACAAGGGAGAAACCAUAUACUUGUGAGGUUUGCAGCAAAGGGUUCCCUCUGAAACAUCAUCUUGUGGUACACAUGCGGAUACAUUCAAAGGAAAAACCUUUUGAUUGUGAAUUAUGCAGUAAGUCAUUCUCACAGAAAACUACAUUGAUUAAGCACAUGAGGGUACAUAGAAAUGAAAAACCAUACACCUGUGAGGUUUGUAGCAAAGCAUUCAGUGACAGAAGUAAUCUCAUGAAACACAUGAGAAUACAUACACAGGAGAGGCCAUAUAGUUGUGAGAUAUGCAGUAGUGCAUUCUCUCAAAAAACAGUUUUAAUAAAACACAUGAGAGUUCAUACGAAGGAAAAGCCUUUUAGCUGUGAUGUUUGCAGCAGGUCUUUCUCAGAUAGAAGUUCUUUACUUAGGCACAAAAAGUUGCACAACAAAUGAGUUUUCCUGCAUCCUCUUAGAAAGAUAUUCUUCUGAGGGUCUUGGGAGAACAAAGAGAGAUGCUGUAUAGUUGAUGUUUAUUCACAGUAGAGUAAGAUAUAUCAUUAGAAUGUCUAUGUACUAUUGAUAAAAUAAUGAAUUAUAUAUCGAAUGCAGAAAACUAACAAAUAAAAAAGAUAUGAUUAAACAUUGUCAGCAGUGCCACAUUAAAAAGUCAAGCCGAAAACUGGAAAAGGAACAACAGUACGAUAUACUGUAAUUACUCAAGAUAAAUGAAAUCAUUUGAAAGAGACUGUAACAUCUACACGGUCAUACGAAUGUUUUAUUCAGUAGCUAAUAAGAUGAACAUUCGAAGUUGGUUAUUUCCCAACGUGCUGGUCCUUAGGGUCGAACAAAACUAUUGCGUAUGCAUUCGAUUUCAGCAGCAUGAUGUUUAUGAUUGCGUGGGCAGUCCUCCUCAAGUAUUUUGAAGAAGUGGGGCUCAUCGAUUAUAAGAACGAUGUAUGUGGGUUCGUUUGUGGAUACAGAGAACUAGUAGAAAUGUGCCAUAGUCUGCUGUAAGAACUUCGCUUGGAGGAUAAAUACAGGGAAGCUCCUUUUAGGAACAGGGAAGACGCGGCCAUGUCAACAAUUUUGAUUUCAUGGAUACUCAAUUGAAUUUCCGUGAAAGAAUAAUAAGUACACAAGGAUUAUAAGGAUACAAAAUACCAAUAUCUAUGUCAAAAAUCAAAUUGUUUGAAAGAGAUGAUUAUUAUUAUUUGUGCAGCAGACUAUUGACUUCCUUACCAUGCCCACAUAGUCAAUUCCAAACCAUUACAGCCGCUACUACUUCCAACCAAGGAGGAAGUCAACUCAAGAGUUGAGGGAAAUGGAAAAACUUUCUGCCGACUUACUGUUGAAAAGUCGCUCGUUUGACCGUCCUGAAAAGAUGCAGAUCUUUGUGAAACUGUGUUCGUAACUACUUGCCCAACUCAGGCGAGAUAGUAAACUAAUCGGAAAAAAACGUUCAACUUAUCCAGACAAGUCAUUAACCUCUAGAGAGCAGCCCGAAUUUGGCGAGAUGGGUAGUUUAUCAGCACGGAAGUCCCAGACGUCACCCUGUCACGGAUUUUUCGUUAAGUCCGAUGACGAAUCGGCUAAAAUCUCCCGCCCCCAAUUUCUUGCCCGUUGUUGUCGUGGGGGGGGGGGGGGGGGGGGGCU